GGAUGUUGAGGAUAUCAGGCUUUCGCCGUUUGCAAGUGUUUCGGGCCUGACGUCUUGAAUCCCAGACCCGCCUGUGUAGAUAUCUACAUAAAACAACAUCGAUUGCUCCGUAGCCAUUUGGCCCAAGUAAACCUUUCUUGUCUCAAUCCAUCCGUUUCUGCUUGGGGUUGUGUGGGCGUUGCUUUCCCAGAGCCGGCGCGCAACCAUGGCCGCGGCAGAGCACCUGGCUCUUAUGGUGGAGGCGUCGGGCACCGAGGAGGUCAAGGUGCCGGAGGCAGUCGACCCGAAGCGAGUUGGGCAACGACGCAUCGUUGUCGCCACGCUGUCCGUUGCUGCGUUGGCCACGGUCGGCUCGGUCGCCUUCUUCUUCCUCUUCCAGGGCUUCGGUGGCCAGCCUGCGGGAUCAGAGGCGGAGCCCGAGCUGGAGCUUGAGAUCUCCCACGAGGAGUUGCUGCGGAAGGUCGCCAUGGACUUGGCGCCUGAGAGGACAUUGUCCAAAAAGUCAAAACAUAAAAAAUCUAAGCUUGAUGAACUUGACUUCGAGCCUGACGACACUGAGCUUGUGAACAGUGAGGAAGCCAGGGCCGAGACGAUGGUGUGGUGCGGCGACCACCGCGCAGAGACAUGUGCUGCCUGUGGCGAUCAUAGUGGUUGGUGUAACGGAGAUUGUGAGUGGAAGAACAACAUGUGCAUAGACUUGCCGGAGCCGCCGGAUCUCUCCCCUGAGAACCCUUUCGGUUGUCCGAUCGAGAACGGCAUCAUGGGCGGAGACUGCCGGGCUCGCACUGCCAGCAUCCAUUUCAAUUUUUUCAGGCCAAAGCACGCGCGGGAACCAAUGUGGUACUACAACGAAGUCUACCCGACCGAAUCGUCGACGACCACGUAUUUUGCCACGAACACCCACUACUAUGGUUAUGCAGGCAUUCAGAUGGAUGAGAAAGGUAGCCACGGAAGCAGGGUUAUCUGCAGCACUUGGGACCAGGCGUCUGGCCCGGCGGAGAUGGAGAUGUGCGGCGAAGAUGUGCAUUGCGGAGGUUUCGGUGGCGAGGGCACAGGCAGGAGGGCGACCUGGAACUUCAAAUGGAAAACACAUGAGCGAUAUGCCGUGAUGAUGUUUCGGAGGAAAUUGCGCGACGAUCGUUUGCAGCAUGUUUGUUGGUUCUAUGCGCCCGAGCUUGAAGACCAGUAUCCUGGCGGUUGGAAGCAUAUCGCGACCACCAGCACCCCCGUCAACGAAGAUGGCACUCACUUCCACGAUGCGGGCUCGUUCGUAGAGCAGUGGGGCCAUAUGAAUUCGCACGACCUCCGAAAGGCCUUCUAUGGGCCAGCUUACUACAGGAACGACGGUGGUGCAUGGGGACAGGCACGAGCAGCCAGGUUCACCCCUACUUGGGUUGAGGAGCGGGAGCGGCAGCAUCAAGUUCGAGGUGAUUAUGUAUCCGCGGACUCUGGAUGGAGGAGUCUGGGCGACGACGACGAGUCCGGGCGCCUUUGGAUGGCCACAGGAGGCUUGCAGAAACCAGCGCUCUCGAUGACUUCUGGGAGGAAUCUUGACUUCCCCCACCACCGCUGCGGCAUACCAGAGCCUCUCUACGCUUUCGAUGUGCACAGGAAUGCGCUGUUGUCGGCUGCCAAGGUGCAUUACCCUGCUGACGAGGCGGCGUUCAACCAAGGACCCAAGUCUUGCGGGAACCACAAAGCCGUAUCAUGCGAAGCUUGCCCGUUCGACGACGACAACGUGCACCAUGGCAAAGUAUGGUGCAAUGGCGAUUGCGUCUGGUAUGGCAACCAAUGCACUGACAAGGCCGAAUCCUCCCAGUGCGGAGACCCCCCGGAGGAGGUGAACUGCGGGAACCACAGGGCGGAAAAUUGCGCCGCGUGCCCGUUGGGCAACGGCGAAGCCUAUUGCAACGGGGAGUGCUCCUGGUCGAACGACAGGUGCGUGCGCUGAGGUCCCCAUUGGGACCCCCGCCGUUUCAACCGCGGCGGCGGCAUCGGCUGCCGCUGGCAUCCUCCGUCGGGGCCGCUCCGGCGCAUCCCGUCGCACUUCUGUUCAGAGGAGAUCAAAAGGGAGUUGCGCGUGAGGAGUAGUAGUAGUAGUAGUAGUAGUAGUCGCGAUCGCUGGGCGCCUGGAAGAGUUGCGGUCGGUUCCUAUUUAGGGCUGGCAGGAGAGCCGCUCCCCGAGACAGUCACCACUUGAGCACCAGGCUUCCUUGGCGCAGUAUUGCCAAAUCGUAUUUCAAUGUUCCUUGACGAAUGCAUCAGCCAUGCCGUAUUUCAAUACACCAGCGAUGUCGUAUUUCAAGCACCUCGCAUAGGACUCGCUGCUGGUUGAGCCCUCUCUUUCCUCCACCUGUCCCUCCUGCUUUUCUCCCUCCUCCCCUUGUGGGAUAUUCAAUUGCGGUUCGAUGCUGUUCAUAGCCCGAAGCACCCGCAUCGGAGGAGGAGGAGGAGGACUUCGGCUUUGGGGGGGACACGCGACUUCUGGAGGCCUCUUGCCAUCGAGGCACGGCCACCGACGUUGAGCCGGCCCUGGAGAAGGGGUCGGGAGCUAGAGGGCCCACGUAUCGUCAAACAUCACGACGUCGGAGGUCCGGAUUUUUUCUUCGCGCGAGUCUGAUGCUGUAGAGGCGCGGACCAACCCGCAUGCCAUAACGAGGGCACGUGCGCCAAUGUUUGCCAGCGUGCGCCUCAACCAGUAGGUUCUGACCUUCUCGAUUUGCUCAGCAAUCGGCAUGGUCGCUUCGGGUGCUGUCGGCGGCUUGUAGAGGGCAUCGCGACCGCAAUUUGUGUGCCUUGCCCGUGCACGUUGCCUGUCUGGAUGGAGAAAGGACACG